GUCAGCGUGGGACUGUGUAUGCGGUGCGGGAGUGCACAGCACCUUAUAAGGGUCACGCUCUCUCCGUGCGCUUUUCUCCGGCACGCGUGAUCCCUUCGCAGACAUGGCUGCUCCCGAGCUCCUCGCAGUCCUGGUCCCCCAGUUCAUCGGCAUCAUCUUCAACUAUCUGCUCUUCGGCGUCUUCAUCGUGCAAUUAUACCUCUAUGUUACGUUCAGCAUCCAGGAUCCCUUGCCGAUCAAGCUUUUCGUAUACACGAUCGCCAUACUCGACACCGUCCAGACGGGGUUCUUGACCGAUCUUUCGUACGGACUGCUCGUCACCCGCUGGGGAGAUGUUGAAGGAUUGGCGCAUCGGCCAUGGACCGCACUCACUCUGCUCGUCGUCAACGGACUGGUCGCCGCCAUGAUCCAGAUCUUCUUCUCAUGGCGUAUAUGGGUCUUGUCCGGCAAGAAGUUAUGGAGCUACCUGCUCAGCGGUUUCAUUGUCAUUGUAGCACUCAUACAAUGUCUGGCCGCAAUCAUCUCCGGAGCGAGGUCCGCCAUCAUCAGCAAGACGGUGUCGCCAAUCGAGACCGUCAUCGCCAUCUUCCCUGGAUGUGUAGUUUGGCUAGCAGGAAGCCUUCUAUGUGAUCUCAUCAUCACGGUCUCAAUGUUCUUGCUGCUCACCCGUUCGCGGCGUGGUACCCCUUUCCGCCGGACGGAGGACCUCCUGACGAGGAUGAUCAACCUCACACUGGAGACUGGUCUUGCGACCACUAUAGUCGCAGCACUAGAGCUGUCUCUCCUCGUUGCUCGUCCGUACGAGGAAUUCCAUGAAGCGCCAGGCUACGCAUUGGGAAAGCUGUACUCGAAUGCGCUUCUCGCUACUCUGAACGCGCGCCACAUGCGACAUGCGGCCGGAGAGGUGUCGGACAUAUCGAUGUCCAUACGAUCAACCAACUCAGUGCCGGGGCGGCGUGUUCUUCUAUCGGACGACUCGGACAACCAGGUCCCCACUGAGGGCAAACGCUCCGGCGGGGUCGUAAUCACCACACAGACCUGGAAGGACGCCGGAGCAAGCGCCGUGUAAAAGUGCACACCAUGAUGCCCCCUUUCCUUGGAUUGGAGUCGUUCGUUAUCUAUUUUUUGUACGACUUUGUAGCUUGGUGUAUACAUGUAUUGCAUCUGUGGUAUACCCUGAAUGAACAGAACCUUCUC